CAGCAAAGUAUAUUCCAAGUGGAAGUCUGAGCAAUCCGAACAUACCUUUUCGAUUUGAGUGGUUACAACAGCUCACUGAAGUCGUUGAUUUCCUGAACUUGAACUUGGGAAUCAUGCAUUAAGAUAUUGUAUUAUGGAACUUAUUCAUUGAUCUUGAUACAUAAAAGCUCCUUUCGUUUGACUUUGAUAGGACCUCAUGUGGGAAUUUUUGGUUGAUGAAUAAUCGUGACGACGUGAGCGGUGUGAUAUAUACCUUACAUCAGCUCAUAACAAGCGACCGAUACUUCACUGGGAUUCCCCAUUGGGAACGAAAUAUGGACAUGGUUCAAAAUCUCCCAGAAUGGGUCUGCAAUCGUGAACUGGAUGCUGAUGUCUCUGUAUUCCGCGAGUUUCUAAAUACAUGGGUACGGAAACGACAAUCUGGCGGCAUUAUAGAACAAUAUCUCAAGGCACCUGACCGACCUACAUGGCCGGAAAUGCCAUGUCCUAUAUCUGACUAUGAUGUUCCUUACGAAGUUGGCGAAACGUUGGAUGGAGAGCGGGUUUUGGUAACGGGAUUUCGGACGAGACGCAUUGCUAUGAAACUUGGACAAUAUUGCUUUCGAUGGGAAAGACCACCGCAGAGCAGAUUGUCAAAAAAGUCCUCCGAGAAGAAUGUGAAUGGAACCGAUCAGGAAUUGCACAACGAGGAACACAUGAAAGCUACAGUUGCAGCCACUGAAGCCGAUAACAGCAUUGUCUCUUCGGCUGAGAGACUCGAGAAUCGAGUGUAAUGGAAUCUCGAAAAUGGUGUUCUGUAACGAUAGGAGUUUACAGAAAUUUGGGGGAUACAUGGUCUAGAACUGCUAUUUGGUCUGGCGUUGUGGAAGGAAGGGGUCGGAUGGAAGGAGCGCAAAAUGGCUAUGAGAGUGGCUAUCCGGGUGAUUUUCGGAGAAAUAGCAGAUUGACAGGGUGGGGUACAACGAUUUUUCUCCUCUUCUUGGUAGUGCCCAGCUCGAGCAUACAUAGAUAGG